AUAUAUAUAUUAUAUUUAGGGAUCAAAUAAUUAGUAAUUCUUUUAGUUUUUUUUGUUGUCGAAUUUUGAAUUUGUUUAGGCAUGGAUUCAUCAGCAGCCGCAGCCAUUAAUCCGGUCGAUGGUCAACAAAUCAUCACCGCCUUUCCAGAUCUGUCAAUCCACCAGGAUGAUGAUAAGGAGGAAGUGGUUGUUGUUGUUUCCAGUUGCCAAGAGAAUCGGGAUGGAAAGAAGGACGGUGAUCCAAAUGAGAAUCAUCAUGGACUCUGUGCAAUUUGUUUGAAUAAGAUUGCAUUAGAGGAUACCGCCCUCGUUAAAGGUUGCGAGCAUGCCUACUGUGUUGUGUGUAUUCUUCGAUGGGCCACUUACAAGAAGGAACCAACAUGCCCUCAAUGCAAGCAUCCAUUCGAGUUCCUCAAUAUCCAUCGUUCUCUUGAUGGCAGCAUUCAUGACUAUAUGUUUGAGGAGAGUGUGUGCCUUCUCCUAAGAGCUUCAUGGUUCCAUCCUUUGCACGUUGAAAGCCAUGAAGUGUUGGAUGAUCACAUUCUGGAAGACUUUUAUCCUUAUGAGUAUGAAGAAGAAGAAGAGGAUGAUGAUCUGGAUGAAGUGUAUCUGGGCCGUUCAUCCAAUAUCAACAUCCGCAUUGGCAACCGGAGAUGGGGGAACAACGGUUUUGUAAGAGCUGGAAAACAAGAAGCUCGACCCAUUUAUCAACCUCACUUCCAGGAUUUGGGUGCUGGCCCUUCGUCCCGUGAGCCUAAAAAGAAAGAGUCUGCUGCAGCAGCAGCAGCUCGUGAUGUGGCUGCAGUUGGCCGCCGAGCCAAAAGGACUCUGAAACGUGAAGCUGCUGAUAAAGCGGCUGCUGCAAAACAUCAGCAGCAUCUGGUUAGGCUGGGGCGCAACUAAUCAUCCAAGUGGGCCUCAUUUAUCCAUCUGUACAGUGUUCUUCAACUUUUGUGAAAUAAUGGGUUUUAGUUUUAGUUGUUAAAGUGAUAAGAAUGGGUUCAUACUGUGCAGGACCCCAUUAUGCUUCUUACUUUACUUACAAUUUCAUAGGUGUUAAGAUGAUUAAAAGCUGUUUUUAAUAUUAUGCUGAUGAUGAAAUGUUUUAGCUCA